AUGAGGGUAAUCACGACCCAAACAUCCCAAGACAUCCCUACAGAAAUGGAGAAACAAAGUGGAAGCUUCAAGAAAUCCUGCUCAGGGCUGAAUGUCAGUCGAGUAGGGCCCAAGCCAGCCAGGAAGGAGGAGGCAGCCAGAGUGUUCUCUGCAGCAGAAGACCCCCUGCUGCCCUGCUCAACCCAGACCAGCAUUUGCCAGGCGCAGGUACCAGCCUUUUGUUUGCUCUCCGUACGAAUUAUAAGAAUGAGAAAUGUCCGAAAAGCGGAUUUGUUAAGCCAAAAUGAUUGUUAUGUGAGUCUGAGGUUACCAACAGCUUCUUUUACUGAUGUUCGGACAAAAACCAUCUCAAACUGCAGUAAUCCAGUCUGGAAUGAAACAUUCUACUUUAGGAUCCAGAACGUGGUUAAGAAUGUCCUAGAACUGAAAGUCUGUGAUGAAGAUACCUUCAGGGAUGACCAGCUUUACACAGUUCUUUUUGAUAUAGCUAAUCUUCAGCCUGGAGAAACAGUUUGCAGGAAUUUUGAACUGAACGAACAGAAAGAUGAACUGCUAGAAGUGGAGUUCACUUUGGAAUACAUGCCAGAUAUGCCCGAAUGCCUUACUACAAAUGGAGUGCUAGUGUCUCGGGAACUUUCAUGCUUAAAAGUAGAGGUGGCUGGAAGACAAAAAAGAAAGACACACAGAAAGCGAAGCUUCACAUUCAAUGUGGCAGGAUCUGAUGAAGAAUCUCAGGAAAUUUUACUGGACUCUCAUAGCAGGCACCUCCCCCCAAAUUUUGCAGUGUUCCAUUAUGUCAAGCACUGUAAUCCAGAAUUGGAGGUUAUAUUACCGAAGAAGAGAAGUUCCAUUUGUUCGCCCUCAGAUAAAGGGAUAAAGGACUCUCUAAUUUUGCCUUUGAAUCAACUUCCUAUGGAAGGAAGAGUAGGAAUAGCAAACGACAAAGCAUAUGAAAUAUUUGCGACGACAGGGAACUGCCAGAAAGACCUAGAUAUGCGCUUGGGAUUUGGUAUAUGUCCAGAGGAGCAGGAAUUCAUCUGUAAGCGCAAAAGAUAUGUUGCUGCUGCUCUGAAACAGGUUCUUCAUCUAGAAGAAGAUCUGCAAGAGGAUGAGAUUCCAGUAGUAGCCGCAAUGACAACAGCAGGUGGCAUAAGAUCCAUGACGGCUUUUUACGGAAGCCUAUUAGGUCUCCAGAAACUGAAUCUCUUGGAUUGCUUUUCAUAUAUCACAGGCUUAUCUGGCACAACAUGGACUAUGAUAAAGUUAUAUGAAGACGCACGUUGGUCACAAAAUGAUUUGGAAGGGUUGAUCAGUGAUGCUCGGAGACAAGUAAUGAAAAAUAAAUUGAGUUGUUUUUCUCUGGAGCACUUAAAAUAUUAUGAAAAAGAAAUAUGGCAGAGACACCUUGAAGGUCACAAGUUGUCUUUUACAGAUUUCUGGGGACUCGUUCUUGAAUCUAUGCUUCAUGAUGAGCCAGAUCCCAACAAGCUCUCAGAUCAACGAAAGGCAGUUAAUCUUGGCCAGAACCCACUCCCCAUCUACUUAGCUCUUCAUGUCAGAGAAAAAUAUAGCACUCUAGAUUUUAAGGAGUGGGUGGAAUUUACACCCUAUGAAGUAGGGUUCCUGAAAUAUGGAGCUUUCAUUAAUGCAGAAGAUUUUGGAAGUGAAUUCUUCAUGGGUCGUUUGAUGAAGAAAAUCCCGGAAUCUCGGCUUUGUUUCCUACAAGGCAUGUGGAGCAAUAUAUUUUCCCUGAAUAUGCUGGAUGCCUUAUAUUUAGCAGACUGUUCAGAGGACUUUUGGCAUCGGUGGACAAGAGACAGAAUGGUUGAUAUUGAAGACGAUAACCCAUACACUCUGCCUAAGAGGCCAUAUGUGGAAUCAACACGCCUCUUCAUCCCCAGCGGCACCCUCACAGAUCUGCUUAGAGAUGUUGUAACAUUGCGUCCAGUGGUUUCACAAUAUCACAAUUUCAUGAGGGGCCUCCAAAUGAAUAAUAAAUAUUUGGAAAAUGCCAGGUUUUGUAUCUGGAAAGACACUGUACUAGAUUCUUCCCCUAAUCAGCUGCGAGAUACGGCAGAAUACUUGGAACUUCUUGAUACAGCUUUCUUCAUCAAUACCAGCUGCCCACCUCUUCUGAGGCCAGAGAGGAAAGUGGAUGUUAUUUUGCAUUUAAAUUAUAGUGGAGGAUCACAGACAUUGCCACUGGACUUAUCUGAAAAGUACUAUGAGGAGCAGGGCAUUCCAUUCCCCAAAGCUGUGCUGACUAAAGAAGACAGGGAGCACCUCAAGGAGUGCUACCUCUUUGAUCAGGCAGAGAGUCCAAGAGCUCCUAUACUGCUGUAUUUCCCACUAGUAUGCGACACCUUCCAAAAAUACAAAGCACCUGGUGUGGAACGCAGUCCUAGUGAAAUGGAAGCAGGCCAAGCUGAUGUCAACAGCACUAUUUUUUCCCCAUAUGCUACUGGCAUGCUGCAGUAUUCAGAGGAGAAUUUCAACAAGCUGCUGAAUUUGACCAGUUACAAUAUCCUCAAUAAUGAACAUUUGAUUCAUCGGGCUUUGCAUAUAGCGAUAGAGCGGAAAAAACAGAAGAAGAGAGAGUGCUUAUUCCCUGGUUCUUAAUGCUCUCCAAAUGUGCUUUCUACACUUUUUUACUCAGGAAGCUGUAGGGUAGGGGUGUGCACGAAUUGAUUUUUUUCAUUUUGAUUUGUACCUGAAUUGAAACACCCCCGAUUUGUUUUGGGUCUGAAUCU